CCUCCAAAACUCAGCUGUGAUGUCCCUCCUCCAGAACGCCUGACCACAGGACUUGACCCUUUUUAUCCCCAGUGCCUAAGUGUCUAAAGAGCUGAGUGAGUUGCCUCGGAUAGGCCAGGCCCGCGUAUCAGCGAACAGAUGCGGAUAUCCACCAGGGGGCGCUAGAACGCCACGACCUUUCACUGUGUGCACCAGUGUGGGGCUGCCGCUUGCCUUUGCCAUCCCAGGCUGGGAAGUUCGACUCGUGGAUUAAGCCCCGCCUGAUUGGGAGUUGGAGAUGUGCACUUAGAGGCGCAUCUGGGGGCGGACACAUCUGGCACUGCGGCCCCUGCCACCUGCCUCUCCACCCACCGAGGCCCUGGCGACCCUGGCCCCACCACACUGCCUUGAGAGUCGCUCCAAAGUAGGGCCCCAGGGCUUGCAGCAGCAUGGGCACCGAGAACAAAAGCCCAGAGCCUGACUGCCAGAAACAGUUCCAGGCUGCAGUGAGUGUCAUCCAGAACCUGCCUAAGAACGGUUCUUACCGCCCCUCCUACGAAGAGAUGCUGCGAUUCUACAGCUACUACAAGCAGGCCACCAUGGGGCCCUGCCUGGUCCCCCGGCCUGGGUUCUGGGACCCCAUUGGACGAUAUAAGUGGGACGCCUGGAACAGUCUAGGCAAGAUGAGCAGGGAAGAGGCCAUGUCUGCCUACAUCACUGAAAUGAAAUUGGUGGCACAGAAGGUGAUCGACACAGUGCCCCUGGGUGAGGUGGCAGAGGACAUGUUUGGUUACUUCGAGCCCCUGUACCAGGUGAUCCCUGACAUGCCGAGGCCCCCAGAGACCUUCCUGAGAAGGGUCACAGGUUGGAAAGAGCAGGCUGUGAAUGGAGAUGCUGGGGCCGUUUCAGAGUCUCCCUGCCUCCCCAAGGAACUGGCACCCCCAAGCCCAGUGUCUCCUAACAGGUGCUUGGCCCAGGGAACGCCCCUACUCUCCCUGCGCAGCCUCCCUUUGGGCAGUAACUCUACCAACCCCUCCUCAGAGUCCCAUCCACCCAGGGACCUGGACCCUGAGGUUUUCUGUGAUUCGCUGGAGCAGCUGGAGCCUGAGCCGGUUUGGGCUGAGCCGCAGGGAGUACCUGGAGGAGAGCAUGACCCGAGAAACAGCCCCGUGCCCCCCAGAGAGAAAGAGGGGUUGCGGGGCAGCCUGCUGGGGCCCCAGGAAUUGGACGUGUGGCUGCUGGAGACAGUUCGAGCACUACAGGAGAGCAUGCAGGAGGUGCAGGGGAGGCUGCAGAGCCUGGAGAGCAUGCCCCGGCCCCCGGAGCAGAGGCGGCAGCCCAGGCCCAGUGCUCGGCCAUGGCCCCUUGGGCUCCCGGGUCCUGCACUGCUCUUCUUCCUCCUGUGGCCCUUCGUCGUCCAGUGGCUCUUCCGAAUGUUGCGGACCCAAAAGAGGUGACUGUCAGUGGAGGGGUCUCUGCAGCCAGCUGAGACCAUCUUGGUGUGCCCUGAGCCUUCCUAGGCUUUAGAAGAACAGCCUUCAAAAUUCCCCCUCCCCUCAGUGUUUGCCUUCGCACCUCCUCCUCUAAAGCGGGGAGCGGGGGGCGGUCAAAGGGCGGUCACCCCUCUUUACAGCUUCCCAGGACGCUUCCUUCCCUCCCCGCCCACCCAGGCUCUCCGGGGAGGCCGCAGUUGUGGUGCACGUCCCGGUGCUGGGUUGGCCGUGACAGGGGGCGGGGCUGUUGGGUCUCAGCCCCUGCCCUCCCCAUCCUCUGGGUCACCUGACUCUUCCCACCCCUGCUUCUCCCUGCGGAGGUUCAGCUCUUGGGCAAGUUGGGACUUGGGCCGGGGCCUGGAAGAAUGAUUGGCUGGGAGGCUGCGGGAGGGAGGCCAGGAGGCCUGGACCAGUUGGGAGGAGUGACCAGGCUCCGGGAGAGAGGUGUGAGCGCAGAUUUUGCUCACCUUCCUCCCCUGCUGGCCCCCGGUGCCCCCACACACACUCAGGAACGUCUUCAUUGAAGAUUCACUUACAAACGAAUGUUUCACUAAAUAAAGGAAAUCCAUAAUCU